AUCUACCUUAUUGUUCUUUCCCUCAAACCGAAUAGCCUCUUAGCACUGUUGGCCUUCUCCGUCCGCGAAAUUUUCAUUUGUAGACUUUACAGUCAUCAGGAGAAUGGAGAGCCUGUUGAAGGACUUUGAAGUGGAGCACAAAAAUCCAUCUGAGGAAGCCUUGCGGAGAUGGAGAAACGCGGUGUCCAUCGUCAAGAAUCCACGGCGAAGGUUCCGUCAUGUCGCCGAUCUCGUCAAGCGAUCUGUAGCCGAGAAGAAGAAAAGGAGCAUCCAGGAAAAGAUACGAGUCGCUUUGUAUGUCAAAAAAGCAGCUCUGCACUUCAUUGAUGCUGCUGCAGCAGUUGGUUUGCCAGCUGAACACAAGCUUUCAGAUGAGGUCAGACAAGCAGGUUUUGAAAUUGAGCCAGAUGAACUUGCAUCUGUCACUCGUGACCAUGAUAUUAAGGCUUUGAGAGCCAAUGGCGGAGUUGAAGGGAUUGCAAGGCGAGUUUCUGUCUCACUGAAAGAUGGCAUCCACGAGAGCAGCUUACCUAACAGGCAAAAGAUUUAUGGGUGCAACCGUUAUACUGAAAAGCCUCCUAAGAGUUUUUGGAUGUUUGUUUGGGAAGCGCUGCAGGACUUGACACUAAUAAUCCUUAUGGUUUGUGCUGUGGUUUCUGUAGGUGUAGGAAUUGCUACUGAAGGAUGGCCAAAGGGCAUGUAUGAUGGUUUAGGAAUCAUACUCAGUGUAUUCUUGGUAGUCAUGGUUACUGCUAUUAGUGACUAUAAGCAGUCCUUGCAAUUCAGGGACCUGGACAAGGAGAAGAAGAAGAUUUCUAUCCAAGUAAUAAGGGAUGGGAGAACACAAAAAGUCUCCAUUUAUGAUUUGGUUAUUGGAGAUGUUGUUCAAUUAUCUACUGGAGACAUAGUUCCAGCUGAUGGGAUUUACAUAUCGGGAUAUAGCUUAGUGAUUGAUGAGUCAAGCUUGUCAGGGGAGAGUGAACCUGUGAAUAUAGAUGAAAAAAACCCUUUUCAUCUUUCAGGAACCAAAGUGCAAGAUGGUUCAGGCAAGAUGCUAGUGACAGCUGUUGGUAUGAAGACUGAAUGGGGAAAAUUGAUGGAAACUCUGAAUGAAGGUGGAGAAGAUGAGACCCCUCUACAGGUGAAGCUGAAUGGUGUUGCUACAAUUAUUGGAAAAAUUGGUUUGGCUUUUGCUGUGCUUACAUUUUUGGUAUUGACUGCAAGGUUUUUGGUGGAGAAAGCGCUUCAUAAGGAAUUCACGCAUUGGUCUUCAUAUGAUGCAUUCACACUUCUGGACUACUUUGCUAUUGCAGUAACAAUAAUUGUUGUUGCUGUUCCUGAAGGAUUACCAUUGGCAGUGACUUUGAGUCUUGCCUUUGCAAUGAAAAAAUUGAUGUAUGACAAGGCGCUAGUCAGGCAUCUCUCUGCAUGUGAGACAAUGGGCUCUGCUAGUUGUAUUUGCACGGAUAAAACAGGGACCUUAACCACUAACCACAUGGUAGUUGAUAAAAUAUGGAUAUGUGGAAAGGCUAAAGCUAUUAACAACAAUAACAGUGAAGACAUUUUGGGAUUGGAAAUAUCUGAAAGUGUCUUGAGCUUCCUUUUGCAGGUUAUAUUUCAAAAUACAGGUUGUGAAAUAAGUAAGGAUGAAGAUGGACAGAUUACAAUUUUUGGAACACCAACAGAAAAAGCACUGCUAGAAUUUGGUUUGCUUUUGGGUGGUGAUUUUGAUGCACAGCGGAAAGAGUUUCAGAUACUCAAGGUUGAGCCUUUCAGUUCAGUCAGGAAAAAAAUGUCUGUGCUUGUGGCUUUUCCUGAAGGCAGGUUGCAGGCAUCUUGCAAAGGUGGAUCUGAAAUAGUAUUAAAAAUGUGUGACAAGUUUGUUGAUGAUAGUGGAAAAGUUGCUAACCUGUCUGAAGAACAGAAGAGGAAUAUCUCAGAUGUUAUAAAUGGCUUUGCCUCUGAAGCUCUGAGAACUCUAUGCUUGGCUUUUAAAGAUCUAGAUGACACUUCUGAAGAAAGCAGCAUCCCUGAUUUUGGCUACACAUUGGUAGCCAUCGUUGGAAUCAAGGAUCCGGUGCGCCCUGGAGUCAAGGAUGCAGUUCGGACUUGUUUAGAAGCUGGAAUUACUGUUCGAAUGGUAACUGGUGAUAAUAUAAAUACAGCUAAAGCUAUAGCCAAAGAAUGUGGCAUACUUACUGAGGAUGGCUUGGCCUGGGAAGCAACAGACUUACGUAGCAAGACUUCUGAGGAGAUGAGGAGCAUCAUACCCAACAUUCAGGUGAUGGCUCGAUCUUCACCUGUGGACAAACACACCUUGGUAACUAAUUUGAGGAAUAUGUUUGGAGAAGUUGUGGCAGUAACUGGUGAUGGGACCAAUGAUGCUCCGGCUUUGCGUAAGGCAGACAUUGGACUUGCAAUGGGCAAAUCAGGAACAGAGGUUGCAAGAGAGAAUGCUGAUGUCAUUAUAAUGGAUGACAAUUUUACAACCAUUGUAAAUGUUGCUAAAAGGGGGCGUGCAGUUUAUAGAAACAUUCAAAAAUUUGUGCAGUUCCAGCUAACAGUUAAUGUUGUAGCUCUUGUAAUCAAUUUUGUUUCUGCAUGCAUUUCAGGGUCUGCUCCUUUAACAGCUGUGCAGUUGCUUUGGGUCAACAUGAUAAUGGACACUCUUGGUGCUUUGGCACUAGCUACAGAACCUCCUGUUGAUGAAUUGAUGAAAAGACCUCCUGUAGGCAGGGGUGAAAGUUUCAUCACAAGGGCCAUGUGGAGGAAUAUAUUUGGCCAGAGUAUUUAUCAACUGGUUGUCCUUGCAGUUCUCAAUUUUGAUGGGAAGCACCUAUUAGGACUUAGUGGUUCAGAUGCCACUAAAAUUGUCAAUACUUUGAUAUUCAACUCUUUUGUUUUUUGCCAGGUCUUUAAUGAAAUAAACAGCCGCGACGUAGAGAAGAUAAAUGUAUUCCGGGGCAUGUUCAACAGCUCGGUAUUUGUAGUUGUUAUUGUUUCAACAGUAACAUUCCAAGUCAUCAUAGUGGAGUUCUUGGGAACUUUUGCGGGCACUGUGCCAAUAAGCUGGCAACUGUGGCUUCUCAGCGUCUUAAUCGGCGCAGUUAGCAUGCCAGUCGCAGUUGUCCUGAAGUGCAUACCUGUUCAAAUGGGCACAGCAAAGCACCAUGAUGGUUACGAUGCUCUCCCUUCUGGUCCUGAGCUAGCUUGAAAGAAGGAAUGACAAGGUUGGCCUUUUAUAACCCAGAAAGUUUUGAAACUGUAGAAAUGGCCUUGCCGCAAGGCAUGAAGAGACUUGUUUUUAAACUUUUCCCAAAGCUCACGAUGCUGACUCCUUGUGCACCAGUACAUAUUUGUUUCAAAUACCAAAAAAGCCACAACCCUUUAGCGGAUUGUCAAUUUUAAUCAAAUCUUUUAAUUUUGUCAA